CUAGAGGGAGCUGAGGAAAAGGAGAAGGACAUCGUAUCUAUUACUACUACUCUCUCAAAUUUGACGGAAUUUAUACCAGCAAACAAUAUGACCAUCAUCGGAGCUAGGCAGUGGGCGGAUGGACCAUUCCCGCUCAUAUCAACGCCAGCACUCGACGGAGACAUGAAGGACCCCUUCACCCAAGCCGCCACCGAAAUGGCCCUCAUCCACAACAUUAUCAUCCGCGGCAUGAACUCGAUCUACCUCCAAGCGCCACACGUCCCGGUCGAUGAUGUUCAACCGUUCAUCGGAUACUGCAAAGCCUGGUCCGAAUUCCUGCACUCGCACCACAAGAACGAAGAAACCAUCCUCUUUCCCACAAUCGAGAAAGCCGCAGGCGUGCCCGGUCUAAUGCAGCCAAAUGUAUCACAGCACCAGCAGUUCCACGACGGCCUCGCCAAAUUCGACGAGUACAUCCACGCCGCCCUGCCGGAGACCUUCGCGGGGCAAAAGCUCAUCGAGAUACUCGACACCUUUGCUCGCCUUCUCGCGCAGCAUCUAGCGGACGAGAUCCCGACGUUAACGGCGCUGCGCACGUACGGCAUUGAGAAGGUUCCUAUCAUAGAGAUCGCCGAGCUUGAGGCUAAGCAUGAGUUUGGAACCAUCAACAAGACCACCGCGCUUGCCUUUAUGAUGACUGCCCUGGACGUCACCUAUGAAGGGGGGAUACACAAAAACUUUCCGCCUGCGCCAGCCCCAGUGUUGUGGUUCCUGAGGAAUGUUUGCACGCUUCCGUGUAGGGCGUUUUGGAAAUUUGCGCCGUGCUCAACGGGCGGGAGGCCUAGGGAGUUGUAUGUGGGUGAUCGGGUUCAAUAGGCUGGAGGCGCGAUUGUAUACUGGGGGAUUCUCUCUUUCUUGUUCUUUUUUUUUUUUUCGUGCGGGCGUUAGAUUAUCGCGGGAUCUCUCUUAAUUUUUCCCGAUCAAUGAAAUCAGUUUCGAUGCCCGUUGGAUAAUUGGUUUGGUUUGGAUUCAUGGAGUGGGUGAGAUUUGGGG